AUGUCUCAGGAAAUAUCUGAGGUCAGGCCGGACUUGCCGGACUUGACCAUCCCAGCCCCUUUGAAUCAAGCCGCAGAUUCCUCAUCUACUCCAAAGCCAAAACAAAACCGCCGUACCAAUGCCGAGAUGGAGAUCUACAGGGCGAGCCAAGAAAUCGAGAAAUCGACUUCAAAGAAAACCAACAACGAGCAAGAGUUCAAAUAUUGGGUUCCAACUGCUAGACGCUUGGCUGCCCUCAAGAAAAAUUCUAAUGCACACCGUUCAGCAGCAAAGCCAGCAACUAGUACGAGCAGAACUGCAGACACCAAUCCUCAGUUUAUUGCGACUGACUAUCAGCUUAUUUGUAGUUACCUUGAAGAUCCCCAACACUACACCCAAAUAUAUGGAAAUGGUACUAGAACAUCGGUUGGCCCUCAAUCUUCAACUAAGGGUGCAGCAUACGAUGUGUUUGCUAUCUACAUGAACGAACAGACCAACAAACGACUUCACCUUGAUGGGAAGCUCCUCCGACAACAGAUCGAGGCUUAA